GAACAAACACUGUCACCCUAUAAAGGUGGGGCUCCAGAGGGAGGACCUAGAAGAGAGUAGGCAAAGAGCAAGGCACUAAGACAACCCAGAUCUGAGUGCAGCCAGCUGCAAUGAAGAAUCUUCCUGUGCUACUGCUGCUGAGUCUGGCUGUUUGCUCAGCCCAUCCACUGAAUGGAGCUGCAAGGGAUAUGGACGACAGCAUGGACCUCGUUCAGCACUACCUAGAAGACUACUACAACCUUCCAAAAGAUGCAAAACAGUUUGCUAAAAGGAGGGACAGUAGCCCUGUGGUUAAAAAAAUCCAAGAAAUGCAGAAGUUCCUGGGGCUGACGGUGACAGGGAAGCUGGACCCAGACACGCUGGAGGUGAUGCGCAAGCCCAGGUGCGGAGUCCCUGACGUGGGAGCAUUCAGUACCUUUCCUGGCAUGCCAAAGUGGAGGAAGACUCACCUCACCUACAGGAUUGUGAAUUACACACCGGAUUUGCCAAGAGAUGCUGUUGAUUCUGCCUUUGAGAAAGCUCUGAGAGUCUGGGAGGAGGUGACUCCACUGACAUUCUCCAGGAUGUAUGAAGGAGAGGCUGACAUAAUGAUCACUUUUGCAGUUAGAGAACAUGGAGACUUUUACCCUUUUGAUGGACCUGGGAUGGUUUUGGGUCAUGCCUAUCCACCUGGGCCACAGGGGUAUAACGGAGAUGCUCACUUUGAUGAUGAUGAACAAUGGACAAAAGAUACAUCAGGGACCAAUUUAUUCCUCGUUGCUGCUCAUGAACUUGGCCAUUCCCUGGGUCUCCAACACUCGGACAACACUGAAGCUUUGAUGUACCCAGUCUACAACUCACUCACAGACCUGGCCAGGUUCCGCCUUUCUCAAGAUGAUGUGAAUGGCAUUCAGUCGCUGUAUGGACCUCCCCCUGCUUCCCCUGAUGACCCCGUGGAGCCCACAGAAUCGGCAAGUCCUGAGACACCAGCCAUGUGUGACCCCACUUUGUCCUUCGACGCAAUCAGCACCCUGAGGGGAGAAAUCCUGUUCUUUAAAGACAGGCAUGUUUGGCGCAAAUCCCUAAGGACUCUGGAACCUGGACUUUAUUUGAUCUCUUCGUUUUGGCCAUCUCUUCCUUCAGGAGUGGAUGCUGCAUAUGAAGUGACUAGCAAGGAUAUUGUUUUCAUUUUUAAAGGAAAUCAGUUCUGGGCCAUCCGAGGAAGUGAGGUGCAAGCAGGUUACCCUAGAGGCAUCCACACCCUAGGUUUUCCGCCAACAGUAAAAAAAAUAGAUGCAGCCAUUUUUGAUAAACAAAAGAAGAAAACAUACUUCUUUGUAGAGGACAAAUACUGGAGAUUUGAUGAGAAGAAACGGUCAAUGGAUCCGGGCUUUCCCAGGCAAACGGCGCAAGACUUUCCAGGGGUUGGCCCAAGGGUUGAUGCUGUUUUUGAAGCAUUUGGGUUUUUCUAUUUCUUCGGUGGAUCUUCACAGUGGGAGUUUGACCCCAAUGCAAAGAAAGUGACACAUGUCUUGAAGAGUAACAGCUGGUUUCAUUGUUAGGAGAGAUGCGUAGGAGGCAUAACAGGGGCAUUUUAAAGGAAGCUGGUAAUUCUUCAGUCUUUGUGAAUUGAAAUGGUGCACUUUCUCCUGCAUGCGCCGUGACUGGGAAUGCCAGUGCGAACCGUGUGUCUCCCCAGCCAGCUUCACAAGUAUUACAGGGCAUUCAACUAGCUGCUGAGCUUGCACUUUGGUCACGUGGAGUAACCUCUGCAGGACAAGGGGGAACACUCGUGUGCAACACACCAGGGAUUGUAUAUAGAUUAUUCGCUUGUUAUUUAAUAAAGAGGAUUUUUCAGUU